AUGCAGGUGCCACUACUUCGGCUGCAAUGCGGUGUUAACAGCUACGACUGGGGCAAGGUCGGCCAAGAGUCGGCUGCGGCCAGGUAUGCGGCCACAACUGCCGGCCCGGACUUCACAAUUGAAGCCGAAAAGCCCUACGCAGAACUGUGGAUGGGCACGCACCCGUCUCUUCCCUCCAAAGAUGUUGAGACCCAGCGCACUCUGCUCGAUAUGGUCCAAGACAACCAAGCUCUUUUGUCAACAGAUAUAAGUGAGCGAUUCGGUGGCAAACUUCCAUUCCUUUUUAAGGUGCUUUCCGUCCAAAAGGCCCUUAGCAUCCAAGCCCACCCCAACAAGAAGCUUGCAGAGCAGCUUCAUGCCCGGGACCCCAAGAACUAUCCCGAUGACAACCACAAGCCCGAGAUGACCAUUGCCAUUACUCCCUUUGAAGGUAUGUGUGGUUUCCGUCCUCUCGCUGAGAUCACACACUUCCUCCAAGCUGUGGAGCCUUUGCGCACCCUGGUCGGUGACAAGGCUGCAAGCGAGUUUGAGCAGCUUGUCAAGGGCAACGAAGACUCCCAGGAUAUCGCCGUCAUCAACAAGAACAAGGAUGCGCUGCGUGCCCUCUUCACUACUUUGAUGGAGUCUCCAUCCGAGAAGAUCGAGGCAGCUUGUACCGCCCUUAUCUCCAUUGCGGAGAACAGUCCCGACAGCUUCGGAAUACUGUCUGGUGAAGUGGGAACGAACCCUUCCAACCCCGCGGAGCUGGCAGCUCUUGCAAAGCGAUUGAACGGACAAUUCCCCAACGACAUCGGUCUGUUCGUCUUCUUUUUCCUCAACUUCGUCAAGCUGUCUCCCGGCGAGGCCAUGUUCCUCAAAGCAGACGAUAUUCACGCAUAUAUUUCCGGCGACAUCAUCGAGUGCAUGGCAUCCUCCGACAACGUCGUGCGCGCGGGAUUCACCCCCAAGUUCAAGGAUGUUGACACCCUCACCCAGAUGUUGACCUACUCAUAUGCACCCAUCGAAGAGCAGAAGCUCCAGGCAACAGACUACCCCUACGCUGUUCUGAAUGCUACUGCUUACUCGAGUGCCUCGACCGCUAUGCUCUAUGAUCCUCCUAUCGAUGAGUUCAGCGUCGUCAAGACUGAUUUGAAGCGCACAGGCGCCAAAGUGACAUUUGAUGGCAUCUAUGGUCCCAGCAUCCUCAUUUGCACCCGCGGCAAGGGCAAGAUUACCGUCGGCAACAAGGUUGAGGAGGUCCAGGAGGGUUACGUUUUCUUCGUUGGUGCCACUGCUGAAUGUGCGAUUGAGAACACUGGCAGCGGAGAGGGCUCGGAUGAUGUUUUCACUACAUACAAGGCAUUUUGCGAAUUGGCCCCUUCCGGUGAGGCAUAA